UCUUGUUUAGAGUUCUCUCUCUCGAGCCCUUCGGUUCCAGCGGCCACUCAUCCAAUCAAAAUGUGCGUUAGUGAGACGUCGUAUUCAGCCAUGUUGUGGUUUUGAAUGAGGAAGAAGCGGGAGACGUUUAUUCUUUAGCGAGUUUAAAUACCAUUUAAAGUGAAAGCUACGUCACGUUUUUUAAUACGUUAGCGGUUCAAAAUGAUGCUUUCUUCGCAAAAGUGGUAGUUUCGACCACUUUUAAUGCAAACAGUUGCCCAGUUUAGCCUAGCCUGCUGGGUUAGCAUUAGCUAGCCAAGAUAGUUAGCUUAGCGCGCUAGCGCUAAGCUAACUAGCUAACUUUAAGCCAACUAGCGCAGUAGCUUAGUCAAAUUAACCAGAUAACCGAUGACUUUUGCUACGGUUGUCAACGAGCCGAUAUCAACCAGCCACAGCUAAACCAGCAGUCAGUCGAAUGACGCGCACUCGCUUCAUCUGUGUGGUCAGCGGGUCUGAAAGUGACAAUAGCGGCGGCUUCUUUAUCAACAACGCGUCGUUUAUCAAUAAGUCUCAAGACGGUCAUGAUGAAUAAAAUAUACGAGUGGAUGGUCACGAGCUACGCCACUUUCCGAGAAGGAGCGCCACGGGUCAACCACUCACGGGAGGACGCUCGAGCCAAGAGGAAAAGACCAAUUGAUGGUUUGGAAGACUGUGAUGACGCCGGCCACGAAGAUGGCAGGACUGCCAAGAAGUCGCGGAGAGGUGACCUCAUGGACACCGUGAAGGGCGCGGCGGAACGGAUAAAAGACCAUGGCUCCACUGUGGCGACCUGGGUGAAGAAUAACGUGAGUCCUACUUUGAGGAGCAUUCUCCCAGGUCCUCCGCCUGCGGUCCCGCAGCCUCAAGCGUCCACAUCUGCGGCGACUUGGACAGGCAGACAUGUUGCAACGCCCAACUCUGGCCGUUUGGAUGCUGUGUUCGCAGCUCCAUCGACAACACCAUCGGAGUGGAAGUUAAAAUCUGAAUCGUACCGAAUUGAAAAGUUUGUGAUGGGAUCCAAAGUGUGCAGGCGUCAAGUGUGCAUGAAUCUAGCCCAACGAGAAGUUGCCAAAACAAAUGGACACUCGACCACGGUCCGGCGAUGCUCUACCCCCACCACCACCGCUGUACACCCUCCCCCACGGUUAGGGAGACCCCUCAGCCUACACCCGCAUGGAACUUCAAGGUCUUACACCAGCAUGUACGAGAAGACAUUCCCCAUCAGGAUGGUGCAGAGCCCAUCACACGGCCCCUGUGGCCGUCUGCCGGGGCCCCGACGGCGCAGCGCGGCACUGGAGCAGUCUGUGUGUGAGGAGGAGGAGAAGGAGGCCUACAGGCAGCUUCUCAAAAUUGUUUCCGGUGGCCAUUCGUCGUGCCUCAACGUGCGUUCACACCGAGAUUUCACCAGCCUUCUGAGCACCAGCCAACGGCUCCUCCAGGCCUCCACCCCUGCGGGAGCGGAGGGUGUUUCAGACGUCCCCAGCAUGAGCCCGCGGGGCCUCUCCAGCCGGUGCUCCAGCAGCCUCCCCAGCCCUGUGGAGCCCUCCGUCAGGCCCGGCACCCUGCCGUGGUCCCCAGGGCUCAGCUCCACGGGGGCAGCCAGCAUUCAGUCAGUCCCCUCGCCUGGUGCCGUCCUGGACACCUCCUCUCGGGACAGUCUGUCGUCAGCUCACGAUGGGGACUCGGUAAUAAUUGUAAAAGAAGAAAGGAGUAAAAAGCCAAAUCCUCCAAGUGUCCCCUGCUUCAAAGCUGAGUUAUGGAUCAAAGAAUUGACUAGUAUGUAUGACUCUCGCGCUCGAGAGAGGCGGAGACAGAUCGAGGAGCAGGAGGCGUUGGCGGCAAUGCUCCUGCGCCAGCGGCUGUCCGGAGAUGGGCAGUUGGUCCCCAAGGUGGAGGUCCACAUUCGGGUUCCCCUAGAGAAGGAGGUCCCGCUGACGCCCCUCAUAAAAGAGCCAAAGAAGCUGGUUGAGAAACCAGAAUUCCCUGAGCUUGUCGAGGAGAUGGAGGACGAGGUGAGCAGGGUGCUGAAGGGAGGCAGUCCACAUGAAGUCCUAAGUGAAGGUUUUGGCCUCAGCCUCACGCGCAAAGACCUGCAGACACUCGGCAGCCUUAAUUGGCUCAAUGAUGAGGUCAUCAACUUCUACAUGAACCUGCUGGUGCAGCGCAGCAAAAGUCCCGGCAUGCCCACUGUCAACACGUUCAACACAUUCUUCUUCCCCAAGCUGCGCACCAGCGGCUAUUCCGCUGUCCGUCGCUGGACCAAAAAGAUGGACAUCUUUGCCGCCGACAUCCUUCUUGUGCCCGUCCACCUGGGGGUGCACUGGUGCCUCUCGGUGGUGGAUUUUCGCAAGAAAGUGAUCAUGUACUACGACUCCAUGGGGGGGAACAACGAUGAAGCCUGUCAGACGUUGUUACAAUACCUGAAGCUGGAGAGCAAGGACAAGAAGGGCAAAGAACUAGAUACCUCAGGCUGGACUCUGCACAGUAGGAGACGAAAUGAAAUCCCCCAGCAGAUGAACGGGAGCGACUGUGGCAUGUUCACGUGUAAAUAUGCAGAGUAUAUCACCAAAGACAAGGCAAUAACAUUUACACAGAGACACAUGCCCUACUUCAGGAGAAGAAUGAUCUGGGAGCUGCUCAACCGGAAACUCUUGUGAGAGUCAACACGCGCCAGGCUCAGGAUGUCUUAACGUUGUCUGAGACGGCCACACCCUUCAAUACAACACUCUAUUGAGGUUCUCUCUGACAUACUCUUGGACCUCGCCCUGCCAUACAGCCACGUCUACAGCCUGGCCUCUGGGCUGGGUUGGACAUGUUUUGAAGGUGAAAGCACUGCCUCCCGUGACUGGACCAAGUUGCCAUUUGGGAUGCUCCAUCAUUGACAAUGCAGGUCAAGUGAUGAAUUUAUUUUUGUAUUUGCCAUCAAGAACUGUAGGAAUGGGGAUUCCCUAUUUUGAUAAGUCACACUCGGACUCUAACCUUGCUGAAGUGUAGUGUUUGGGAGCACAAAUUGAUGCAGACACCCAUGGAUUUCAUCUUGUUUUAGUAUGCAAUUCAAAGAACACCAGACUGGAUCCAUACUUCAGAUGUCCUUUAACGGGGCCAUCGUUUCAAUUCAUUUCCUUGCCUACCGGAGAGGUUCAAAUGUUGAAUUGUAAAAGUUCAAAAACCUUGUCCUUACAUUGAUUGGAUUAGGGUUUAUGUGGUCUGAAGAGGCAACAUUGGAAACAAGGGAGAGCAUAAAAUGUUUUUAUGUUCGGUGUCAUAAUCUUUUCAAUGUGCCACUUUCAUGGAGUAUGUUUUGAAAUGCGAAGUGUUAA